GUAGACGACAUUAAUCUAGGGUUCCUAAUGGCCCUCUUUUCCUCACCCUGUAAACCCCCAAUUCUGUGCCCUAAAUUCCACAGAAUUCGUGCAAUUCAAAGACCCUUUUCAUCAAAAUCUUCAACUUCCAAGACCUCGAAUUUCGGCACUCCAAGAAUCUCAAUUUCUGAUCCAGCUACACAAAUUAAUACACCUAUUCGGAAAGCUCAAUUUUGCUCAAGUUUGAGCUCUCCUGGUGAAUUGGACGAAGGGGUUCCCUCGAGCGUCAUAAUUUUCGUCAAAGGACUGGCGCAGUCGACCUCAGAAGGAGGGUUAAAAGCCGCAUUUUCACAAUUUGGGGAAGUGAGUCGAGUAAAAGUCAUAACUGAUAAGAAAACUAAGCAAUCUCUCGGAUUUGCUUAUGUCUGGUUUACAAGAGAAGAGCAUGCACGAGCUGCCGUGGAGGAGGUGAACGGAAAGUUUUUCGAGGGGAGAUUUUUGUAUGUGUCAAUAGCUAAGCCUGGAUCUUGCAAACCUCGUCCGAAGCCUACUCCUUACAAGUUCUAGAGAGACAUGAGAUCUCAGGUGGGAAUUGUAUCAACAGUCUCAUAAACGUGGUACCUUGUUAUGUGCCCAUCUAUUACUGAUUGUAUAGACUGUAUAUACAUUCUAGCUCGCGUGAUGUGCAGUUUGUAGGCUAAAUUAUGGUUCUUGUUAGUAUUUAAGGUUAAUACUGCAAAACCAACAUUACUGCAAUGUAGUUCACAAUUUGGUUCAUUGAGGACUAAUUCAUUUCGUUGUGAAAAGUUAAGAGGAUCAAUUGUGUAGGGCUUCGUUGAAUCAAGAAGUACAAAGAAAGAGAGGCAAAUAUACAUUAUCUGGGCUUCAUAUAUACAUUUGUGUGUGUGUGUAGUCCGCAGCGCUGGAUAAGAGGCGCAUCCAUUUCAAUAGGAAUAGUUUCCAGACAUUCUCAAAUGUAAUAAUACUUUGUAAGAUUCAAGGAUUGGAAUA